CUGUCACUCCUCUUAAGCCCGUAAAGAAAUCUCGUCUUAAGCGUCUCCUCCUGCAGAUAGAUCAAGAUUGAUUCCUCUCCUUGCAACCUCCUCGCCUCCAUCCCCCAGCCUUGCUUCCUCUCUUCUCUCCGCCUCCUACCUUGAAUUCCUCGCUGUGUCUGGUUCAUUCUCAGCUCUUGUUGCUUCGCACAUUGUUUUGUGGCUCGUUAGUGCACAUUUCUCGCACUUUCCUCAGAUAUUUCUGCGACAUGAUCGAACAAUCUUCGCAGAGCUCAACUCUCCUCCUUUCGUCUCAUCUCAGACCUCAUUUGCAUUGCUCGAGUUUUGGAGAUUCGCAUGGGGCCCUGGUGAUGCAAAGCCCCUCAGCAUGUUCCGCUGGUCGAAGGCGAGCAAGUCUGGUGGUCUCAACUGCAUGUGCACGAGCACACGCUGCCAGCUUCUGCGUGCGACGCAACACCAUCUACAGUCAAGUCCAGGACGAUUUCAAUGAUCGACAAGUCAGCGGCAGCGCUUCAGGCUGUGUCGCCUUUAGUAUCAUCAACCUGGAAAUAACCAGGAGGCCAUGCAUUGAUCAUAACGGAAAUGUCCUUGAAGAUGGAGCGAUGAAAGUGCUGAAGAUGUCAGAGAAAUCGCUAGGCCCAUCCAUAAAUCAAGACGGGAACUUCUUGGGUUGUGGUUGCAAGGCAGACUGCAGGUGAAACGAGCUCGUGAGGGAGCUUCA